UAGAGAAGGAAUAAAGGGGCAAGCCAGCGAUCUUUGGCACUCUGAAAGUAAAUGCGCUUUCCGUCCCCGUGCCGGCCCAGGUCUAAUACGCCCGUGACGGGCUUGGCCCAGUACAUUCCCGUCGCCGCAGUCUCCAGGGGCGAUUCGGUGCAGCCCCCGCGCCGUGGCCGUUUGUUUCCUCAGUCGCAGGGGCCGCGUGCCUCAACGAGUUGCGGCGCGCACCUGGAAAAUCAGCUGAGCUCUCUUUCAGGAUCCGGUUCAAGAGGCGAUGGUGGCGCGACUGCGGAUCCACAUCCAUGGCGCGAAGGGGUUGCCAGCAGCAGAUUCCAACGGGCUGUCUGACCCCUUCCUGACGGGGGAGCUCGAGGGAAAGCCGAAAACCAAGUUCAAGACCGAGAUCGUCCCAGGGACGUUGAACCCAACGUGGGACCAGGACUUCGUGAUAAAUGGCUUUGAACGAGGGGACAUGCUUUCGCUGAAGGUUUUUGACUACGACAAUAUGGUGAAGGCCUACACGGUCGGGAACGACUUCCUCGGAGCAACUCUGAUGCUAGGGGAAGACUUCUACCCUUACUAGAGUAGCACAAAACUGCAUGAACCUAACAUGUUCGGAGAUCCGCGCGGAUUUCUAGGAUCUGUGCUGGCCCACCCUCCCUGGCGCGCCGCCAGGGGCCGCUAGCGCCGA